GGCAUUCUGACCUGGUAAGUCGCCAGUGUCGGAUCGUGAGAAAAGUGAGUGCGACAGGCUAGGCUACCUACGCCAGGACAUUUAAAUCGACCGUGAGCAGACAUCGGCUGCAAAAGGAAACGGUUUCAACGCGUACACCGGCCGCCCAGCUUAUCGCAACAAUUGUGGACAUAACUCGCGCACGACACUAGCCGACGAUACACGAACGGGCCCGAAUAAUUUCUACGCUUAUUUAUUAGAAUCCUAACGUCCCACGAUCCUUCGUGAACGAUCGCUCUUUAUUCGGUGUGUAUCGUUGCCCGCUUUUUUUUUAUUAUUUUGAAACCGCGAGAGGCAGCUCCGAAGACUACGAGAAAGAUAGGAACGUAUUAAACGGGAAAGAUAGUGUUGUGUACCUCCGGUUUUUUUCUCAUCCCGUGUCGUAUCUAAUAUAUUGUUUUUCGCGUAAACGGCCUUUAGGUGAGUGAUAUUUUGGAGUCAUCGUCCGAAGCCAAGGUCCCCCUUGUUAGUACACGCGUGUAUACACCCGUAAAUACGCGUGUGUAUAUGUAUGUUAUUUAGUGAAGUGUUGAGUGUCCCGGUCGCGCGAAUUCGUGUGAACUUCUGUCUGUAUCUUUACGAUCGAUUCGUGCAUGCUCUGUCUGGUCGCGGCGGCGAAAAACGGUUUGGCAACGUGGCGCGUGAAUAAAAGUGACACCGCGACGGCGACGUCGACGACGACGACGACGGCUGCGAGAGAAGAAACGGGGGAAAAACACGAACGUUCAGGAAACAAAAAACAGCCGAUCUGACAGCGUCGUUCGAAUUGACAGAAACGGAAUUGUACGCCGAGAGGAUCGUUGUUCGUCGACGAGAGGCUGUGCCGUUGUCGCGUUCUCUAGAGGUUAGAAACGCCACGGGACCAUGGAUUUGCUUUGCUGCGAGACCACCGAGACAGAGUGCAGAGCCUAUGCCGAUCCAGCUCUACUUGGCGACGACCGUGUGUUGCAAAAUCUGCUGAAAACCGAGGAGAGAUAUGCGCCGAGCAGUUCUUACUUCGAGUGCGUGCAGAGGGACAUCUCGCCGCUCAUGCGCAAGAUCGUCGCAGAGUGGAUGUUGGAGGUAUGCGAGGAGCAGAAAUGCCAGGACGAGGUCUUUCCCCUUUCGAUGAACUACGUCGACAGGUUCCUUUCGAUUUGCCCGAUCAGGAAGUCGCAGCUGCAGCUGCUCGGAACCGCUUGCCUUCUUCUCGCCUCGAAAUUGCGAGAACCAUCACCACUCACCGCUGAGGUGUUAGUUUUCUACACGGAUAACUCUAUCACCAUGGACGACUUGUGGAGGUGGGAACAACUGGUCGUCUCGAAGCUGAAAUGGGAAUUAUCUGCGGUGACACCAGGUGACUUCCUGAUGCACAUCCUGAGCAGACUGCCCGUGCCCGGAAGCUGGGACCCGGUGAUGGUCAGGAGGCACGCGCAGACUUUCAUCGCCCUCAGCGCCAGAGGACUAUCUCCAGGGUUGCCUGGAGCAGAUCGAGGAGAUGGUUUCGGAAGCUGUGGGUCCGAAUGGCGGUGGAAACAGCCAUCAGGCGUCCGACAUGUCGAUCUCGGCGCCCCAGAAGCCUCUGGGGGACGACAUGACCAGCCAGGAGAAGAUCCUGGAACACGAGAAGGCGGGCACCCCAACCGAUGUGAGGGACGUCCAUUUUUGAGAGACGCCGCUGAGGGAAACUCUGGCCAGGGUGACUCUCUGCUAAACCUGGAGGCCGAGGAGCAAGGGUUAGCCAGCAGCGACGAGGACGCUGAGGGACCUACGGCCAAAAAACGAAUCAAGAUGAACGAAGAGGAAACGCCUGACCGAGCAGAUCCGCGACAAGAGGACUCUUGAAAGAGAAAACGAUCAAAUUCUGCUCGUACGGAUCGUUUGCCUUCGUCUCGAUAAACUGAAUGGCCUCCAGAAGAGAGUGUCCUGGGGAGGCCCUCAACGGAAAGCGUUCUCGUAGAAAUUCAGUCAAAGGGGACAUUUAUGGACAUUUUUCUUACGCUACUUGGAACCGAGGAUACACUCCGCUCCAAAGAGUGAUUUUUCGAGUCAGGAGAUUGUCUCUCCGCUCACCAGGGACCCCGAUGAUUCUUUCUUUUUGUUUCUUCUUUUCUCUUAGUCUCGAGAUCGAACUAUGUACGUACGAAUAAGCUGUUGUAGUUUUUAAACCGGGAAGCGAACGACUGCUGAAACUGAUCCGGGACUAUAUUUUGCUUCCCGCGUGCGAGAAACAGAGUUUUUUUUGUUUUACACGAUGUGGAAAGGUCGGACGGCGUAAACGAGAGGGCCCGAUUUCCCGGGGCCCCUUUUUGUUAUUUAGUUGUACGCGUUUUUAUUCGAAAGAUGCGACCGAUCCUCGCGGUCGGUAUCGGUUUUGUUCUCUCGAGACACUGCGUUGUCUCGAAUCAUGAUCUUAGACUUUCCAGAGACUUCUUUUUGUUUUAUUUUCUUUUUGUUCGUUUCGAAUGACGAUACGGGAGAUGCGCGAAAGAAGGUCGGAAACUUGUCGAAGUUUCUUCGUUCGAGCGUUGAUCGCUGUUUUAACCCUCUGUGUGUGUGUUUUUUUUUCUUUUUUGUUAAUUUAAUGCGAGGAGAGAUACAAUUCGUCGUUUGAAUGAUGUUAACACAGGGUGAGACCUGAGAAACUCAGGCUAUUUUCGACUCUCCGAGCGAUUACGACAUUAAAUUCCGUGGAACUUUCACGUUAAUGUCGGCUCGCUUUCGAACGAUCUCGAUAUGCAGAAUGCGAGAGAUAACAGAGGGUUAUUAAUUUCAGUGUUAAAUUCCACGAAGAAAAACAAAAAGGAGGUACGUCGAAAUCUAAGGUCGUUUGUAUGCGCGAAAAUGCGAGGAUAAAAAAUGAAACAAAUUAUAAAAAUGAUUGUAAAUCGUUUGAAAAGCGUCUCUUCGUUAACGGUGUGUCCGUGAAAUCGCGAAAGAUUUUAAUGCACGAAGUUCAGCGACCACGAAAAGGAAGAACGAAGAAAUCAAGAUGGCGGAAAUAGCUGAAGAGACCGGAAGGCGGCGUGCUGUUGGGGGAAGGCAAUGCAAUACGCUUUACGCAUCUAUUUCGUAAUAGAAUUAUACACUUAAUUUUUAGCCGGACGACGAAACUACCACGCCAGAGAAUGUUAUAACGAAAGUUUAAAUAGGGGAGUUUGAGAAUAACGAGAAAUGCGGAUUAUAGCUCCUCCGUGAGACUAAACGAGAUAGGGAUAUAUAAAAGAGAGGACCGGAAAGAAAGGGAAGAAAUGCACAUAGUCAUGUCGAGUCACUUAGUGUUUUGUACAUAGGUAUACAUACGAAAAAAAUGAGUAUAUAUAUAUAUGGUACACAAAAUGUGUGUGAGUGUGCGCGUGUAUGCGUGAGGGAGAGAUUUUGGUGUAAAGAAAACGCGGAAAAGUGUUGCAUGUGAAUUAAGGUUCGUUUAUAUCAUCUGUUCAGACACGAAACGUUUAUGAGUUUCUUUCUGACCAUAAGGGUGUUUAUACUAUGGUCACUGUCAAUUUCUUUGACAAUUUGAUACUGCCAAUUUGUUUGUUCGUGUUUGUUUGAGGGAAAUACAGUUACAGCAACAAACAGAAUACUAUUUCAAAGUUGAAAGAACUGAAUGUAAUACAUGUAUCAACACAUAGCAUAUCUAAACCAGUUUACUAGUUUGUAGUUUAUAAUCUCCAUCUAUUUAUUUAUAAGCAGCUUGAACUGAACCAUGCAAAAGUAGAAGUUUCAUUAAUUAACCAAGUAUACUUAUGAAAGAUCCAAGAGAAAUGUCAGAAUGUAAUGGAUAUUGAAACAUAGCUGAUUCAACUAUAUUUGUAUUUUUUUAUUUAUAAUAAUCUUUACGUGAAUGGAGCCGUUUCUUGUCUGAAUGGAUAAUAUAAAUGAACCUUUAUUAUUGCGUACGCGUGUAUGCGUAUAAAAAGAGAAACAAAAACAAUGUUUUAGAUUGAUAGAAUGUAGUUCCCUUUUUUGUAUUUACGCUACGUUAAUUGUUUAUCCAAAUGAGUUUUCCCGAGGGCUGUGGCGCGACCCGUCGCGUAUUCCAGUCGGUUCCUAAGAUCGGUUGUGCCAGCCCACAAUGCGCGAUUAAACGCACGAAACGCGGUGUAUGAAUGUGUAUAUGUGUGGGUGCGUGUACACUCUUGUGUGUCGGAGUUAUCGUCUUGUGAAAAUGGGGAAAAGAAAUGAUUGUAUAAAGAAUCGGUUUCGAAAUGCGUGAUCAAUUCGUAAAUUUGUAGAUAUUUGAUACUUACGAUUAGAAUUAUCUUUCUAAUUUUAUGAAUAGAUGGAACUAGGUGGUAGAUGUUUGUGCAGUGCUUUGCAAAGUACUUCUGCAAAAUAUUGAGAUGCACAAUUCACAGAUUUAUGUAUACUUCGCAUUUUAUAAAUGCAUAAACAUCUACAAUCAAGAUAUUAAUUUCAAAGAAUGAUUCAAGUUAAUAUAUUCACUGUCACAUCGUAUACAGACGAUGCUUGAAUUUUCAUAGGAAUUCAUCAUCCGUAUUCUUUCACUUACAUAAAGAUACCUGUAUUAGGUAUCAUAACAUUACUAUUGGAAAAAGAAUGGACAAAAUUUGUUAAGAGUAAAAUACAUUUUGAUGUUUUAAAAGAAAGGCAAUAUUUGUUCCAUGAGAAGAGAUUUAAUUCUACUAUAUGGAUAAUACCAAAACAAUUUCUAUCAGAAUAGUUAUUUUAUUUUUAAAUGCUUUACUAUUUGAAUAUUUUCUUUUGAUAACAUUUGGUAUUUUCUUAAAACGUUUGCUACCUGAAUUCACUUACAAUUUAAUAUUCAAUAUUUGUAUAUUAUACUAUUUUUAAGAUUACGAUACAGUUUUCAUCUGUUCUAUUACACACAAAACAAUUAAUUAUCAUCUCAGACAUAUAUGUGAAUUUUGUAACAAACGUUUAAUAGCAAUUUGUAUAAUCUUUAUCUGACUACACCUUUAUACUUUAUGACUUUGUACAUUCAGCAUAUCAAGGAACUUAUUUUUGAAUAAUUUAUGAAUUUCUUAUAUUACUCUUCUUAUGGAACAAAAUCACUAAACAAAACCAAGUGCAAUUGUAAACUCUUAAAAAUGGUCAAUAACAUUUUUUAAGCAAAAUACAAACUUUUGCUCAAUUUUUCCAACAUUGGAAACCAAUUUUUAGAAUCAAUAUCCAAAGAAUUAUUUAAAAUAUAUUACAAGAUCUUGAAAGCUCAAUUAUAGAAGUAAAAGAGAUGUGUAGAAUGGUUUUGAUUGUCAGUUUGAUAAUCUUUCUCUAGAAUGAAUUUCUUUCUUUACUUCUUUUUCGAAACCAAUGCUGUACACACGCUCUUUCCCCAUAAAUCGCGGCUGUACAUAUGUAGGUAAGCUAUACGAGGCGUACGAUCAAGAGUAAUCACGUAAUCCGUGUAAGAUAUUGCGACAAAUAAGAUGGCAAAAUAAAAUCGAGAACCGAAAGAGAACGUUAUAAGGGAGCUUAAUUAAAGCGGACGUAUUCGAAAAAAUACAACUUUUUCAGUGCUGUGACAUAAUGUUCAAGGCGUAUUUGUACUACCUUCAAAACUCUUAAAGUUGCGAUUACAUAAAAUUUGUACAACUAUUUUUUCAAGAUUCUAAUUUUUUAUUGUCAACUUUUGGAAUGCUCGUUUAUACUGAUUCUUUUUACAUUGAUUCAUUUGUAUUCGUUUUGAUAAAGUAUUUGCACGCAGUCUAUUUAUACUAAUUUUAAUUCAGGUUUUUUUAACUUUUUAAUGUACUGUAAAUUACAAACUAUGACGUAACUAGAACAAAGCUUCCUAUUUUUGUUUUUGACAUUUUAUAUAAAACAUAACCAAUUUGCCAACAGAAAAAGAAUUUUCAAAUUUGAAAAUUUCUGAUAUGAGUUACGCCAAUGGUUAUAGAGAAAGAAUUUUAUAACGUAAAAGCCACUCGAGAAGAUGAAUAGUACAAAAUAAAGUAAACCGCUCGAAUAAUUAGGCCAAAGUCCGAAUGUUAUAUUUCUUAAAAAUUAAUUGCAUUCGAAAUCAGAGUUACGAUUUUCAGUGAUGAAAAUGAGUCAAAAAAAAUAAAUGCGUACCUUUCGAAAAUGUUAAAAAUAUAACCUCAAAAGCGACUGGAAGAAAAAGUCAUGAAAGAAUACGUCAAAAAUUUGCAGCACCGAGAGAGUUCGCCUCCACUGCUAUCGUUCGAUCAAAUUAUACUACAGCAUUUAUAUAAUCGUACCCUUGUCCUGACCGUGAAAAAGCAUUUAACAUUUACCGUAUGUACCCGUUCUAGAUCGCAAAAUAAUAAUACAGUAGAAUUAUAUACGUAUAUAAACUGAAGUACAGAAAAAACAAGAAUCAUUUAAAAAAAUAAUAUCGUUGUAAAUCGAACGACAGAGGUCGAGGCAACGUCCGAGCAUCAUCCAAAA